GCCAGUGCCGAUAUACACGCACGCUUCUUUUACUGGACCCUUCAGGUAUGUAAAAACGGUGGUUUUGGUUUUUCUCCCCUCAUUUCCUCUUGUCUUGUGUUCGGCGCGUCGAUCUCGUCAGUCCCGGUCGCCCGCUUCUCAUCGCCUUCAACGGUAGGAAGAGAGGUGAGCGGAGGACUCCUCCCGGAGGGGGCCGGGCUCGGCACCGGUUGGUGGACAGAACCUUCUUCCGCACCACUGGUUUCAAGCUAUAUCUGCAUUGUGAUUUCUGGAACCCUUCUUUGUUGCUGAAUAGAGAGAGUCACCAAAUCAUGGAUGUUGAUUCACAGCCAACCAUGGAGGAAACCAUCCUAGUCGGCGAUGACCUUAUGCUAGGGCCACCUUCACCUGUCAUACCCCCAGAGAUUGCAUCUCAUGUUCUUGAAGGUGUUGAUUUAUGUGAUGGAAUACUGAGGAAUCUAUUCUUGUGCCUGCAAAUCAAUGAUAUCGAGCCAUUUUGCCAAGAUGAGAUUGUUUUGUAUAGACAAUGUGCUGAGAAACGGGAUAAGGAGCUUAGACAACGACUUCAAGAUAGUGAGCAUAAGUUGGGAUUGUGUAUGCCUUUGGAACAAGCAAAAGAAAGAGCUGCACAACUUCAAUCCGAAGUUGCAUUGUUGGAGAGGCGCAUGAUUCUUGCAAGUGGAAUUGAAGGCAUGGAGGGAUUUCGCCAGCGCUGGAGCUUACAUGGACGCCUUGAGGAUAAUAAAAAAAGACUAGAAGCUUUGAACCAGGGAAU